AUGUCGAACCCACGUUCGUUGAAGCGGCAGCGUAUUUACCGCGCCUGUGAUCAGUGCCGUCGACGCAAAUCCAAGUGUGAUGGAGAACAGCCCGUAUGCUCCAUCUGCAGCCAGGCCAAUCGGGCCUGUACCUACGAGACAGGUGGAGGUCGACGUGGGCUUCCAUCUGGCUACGUGCGCAGCCUGGAGAUGUUUCUGGGUUUAAUGCUGAAACAUGUUCCGAACAGCGAGAGUACAAUGCAUAACUUACUCCGAGAUUUGCGGGGGAAUGACAACUUCCUCACGAGCAAGCUUGGGCGCCAGUCGGUUUCAAUUUGGCGAAAGUCCAAGCUCCACCGAGAUGUAUCCCAAUUACUCACCUUUGGACCCGAGGAUGGUGCUUUCGAUGAUCAGGAGUGGGAACCGGCAGAGCCGCGGGACGACGACGAGCCUCUGGACGUUCAUGACACCACACUGUCAAAUCCAGAACACAGCAUACCUCAGACCUUUCAAGAGGUUUCGAAAUCAAUACAGCCUCAAGGACUUACUGGAUUUCAGAUACCAGACAAUACAUCAGAUCUGGUGGAAUUCUACUUCGCUUAUACCCAUUGCUGGUUUCCUAUACUUGAACGCCGUUCGGUCCUACGCGCCAUGCACCAGGGCAAUGGCCAUACCUCUGGAGACUCUUCAUCUCGCCUGGUACUGUGGUCGUUGAUUAUUUAUACAUCUGCUAUGAAAGGAAUUUCUAACAAUGGAGCGCCCCACUUGUUUUCUCUUCAACUCGCCAUUGAGCAACAGAUUCUGGCGCAUUGGGACAAUCUGGACCUGGGUCACAUCCAAGCCAUGUUGAUUAUUGUUCUAGUGCAUAUCGCCAUGGGUAAUAAUAGCCAAGCAUGGUUAGUCGUUGGCCAAGCCACGAGGAUGCUAGCCACCUUAUCCUUGGCAACAGAGAAGGGUCGCUUGAGUCACACCUAUAAUGGGUGUGUCCUUCUAGACAACGUUUUGUCGGCCUUGCUGGGCCGGACUCCUAGUUUCUCUCAAGAAGAGCAAUUAGCAUGUGGGCCGGUGGAAGAAGAUGAUGUGGAAGAGUGGGAUGUUUGGUCUCCUUCUCGUCCUGGUGCGGGCUCCGCAGGACGGAGAAUACCGUCCACUCCAUUGCGAGCAUUAAGCACGUUCAACCUUGUCCAGCAGCUCAUGCAAAACUUAUGCCAAAUAUUAUAUCAACCCUUGGAUGACUCUCGCUUUGCAGAUCUUCUGGAAGACUUACGACAGAUAAAAAGCAUAAUUUCACGAAGCCAUUCCUACAAAAGACGAUCUCAUGCCAGUCCUCCUCUUCUGAUUCUUCACCUUACAUCUUCAUUCACAACAAUUUCAUUGUUUCAUAAGUUUGAGCCAGUCUCGCCCGUGAUCAAAGAUCUAUGUGUCAGCACCAUUCAUCAUCUGCUCGACACCCUUGAUCAUUAUCGUGAGACGACCGGCACAGUCGGCUCCUCGCCGCUCACCCUUUGCUUUGCACUCCAAUGCCAAAAGUGUCUCAAUCUCUCAGACCUUCCCGAGAAGGAAGAAUUGCAAAAUCGCAUUUCCAAACAUUUGCGUCCUCUCAAGACAGCCAAUUACGAUUGGAGUGAUAAUCUUCAAUAUUUGACCCCCAUGCCCUCAAGCGAACAAAGAAUGCGGCCACCAGGAAGCCUGAAUGGCUCAGUGCCGGCACCUAGCAUGGAAGAUAUAACUAAUUCGACUAGCUUGACUGCCUUCCAGCCUCAACAAUCAUUAUCAGUCAUGGGUAUGCCAAGUCUCUCGGCAACCGCCGAAUUCCCAACAUCGCACUCUCUUGCAAGGACAGGCGACGCUGAAAUAUACGAUGCCUUGUUUGAGGAAAUGGUCGUCUCAUUUCCUACCAGCAGACAAGAGCCUUCUUUCGCACAAAAUCUGGGUUUCUACGAUGGAGACCUGGAUACGGACUUCCUGGCCCAAUUGCAACAGCUACCAGCAAGCUGA